CAAUGGAAUGACGAGCGAAACGAACGAACGAACGACACCGUUUUUGUUUCUCUAGUUAAGUUAAAAGUUUCACUGCGUUGCUGUGGUAUUACUGUUAUUGUGUGUGUGUGCACUUAGUGCUGAGUGAGGCUGUGGUGUAUGUAAAGCGCUGCUGCUGCUGCUACAGUCAUAGCGGGAAGAGAAAGUUGUCGACGAAGAUAAUAAUUAUUAUUAGUUCAGGUAGUUGGCACGAGUCUGAAAGUUCACUCUUUGUCGCGUGCCGGUGAGGACUUAUAGAUCAGAUAGGACACUUGCUGUUUUUCUUUUCGGCGUCGACUUUUACUUUCCAGGAAAGGGCACCGGUGAUUUUUUUUUUUUCGGUUCUGUUCGCUUUUUGUGUUGGCAUUGGUGCAUUUCCAGAAAAUGAUGCAGAUCUGAUCACCACAGAAUCAACAAAGGUGUAGUAGCGGUUCUUCUUUGUGGGGCUUUACCGACAUCUCAAGUCCCUUGAGAGACUGAGUGAGCCUCUGAUCUCCACCAUUGUCUUCUAAUAAGAAACAAGGUCAUACAGUGCGUUGUUGGGAUCUGCUCGUAGCAGCACCACCCUCUGUCCACCCUCCCCAGCUGACCACUACCAGUCGGAGCAGCAGUGCGCGUGUCGGUCACUCGCUGCGGCAGUCAUGGCAGAAGCACACGCGGCCGUCGCCUUCUCCUUCACAGUGACGCCCGAUGGCUACGACGUCAACAUCAACCAUGAGGCCAUCAAGGCUGUGUGGGAGAGCGGGGUGCUCUCCUGGAAGAAGAGAAUGGGCCGUCUCAAGAACAACGUGCGCAAUGGUGUGUUCCCUGCUUCCAUGACCUCCUGGCUCUUUGUGGUCACACUCAUCCUGGGCAUUCGUCUGGCCGGGUUUGACCCGUCGUUUGGCUCCAUCUCCCUUAUACACUCCACCAUGCCGGGCUUGCAGUCAGCCUCCUACUCUGUGGGCCUGUACUGCAGCACCAUAGUGUUUGGCACGGUGCUGUGGAUCGUCAAGUUCCUGCUGCUCAAGUACAUGCUCAAGCUGCUGCUCACCUACCACAACUGGAUGUACGAGGUCCGCGGCAAGAUGUCGCUCAAGACCAAGCUCUGGUUUAUGCUGAUCCGCCUGUACGGAGGACGCAAACCUCUCCUCAUGAGUUACCAGGCCUCUCUGCCCAAGCUGCCUGUCCCCGGACUCAGGGAAUCUGUCAACAACUACCUUCACUCGAUCCACCACCUCAUGUCUGACGAGCGCUACGAGGAGAUGAAGAAACUGUCUGAGGAGUUCUGCUCGGGCGUGGGCCACCGGCUACAGCGGUACCUCAUCCUCAAGUCUUGGUGGGCCACCAAUUAUGUGUCUGACUGGUGGGAGCAGUACGUCUACCUGAGAGGUCGCUCCCCCAUCAUGGUCAACAGCAACUACUACGGAGUGAUUCUCAUAAACCAUGUGGUACCCCUGUGCUCCGCCCAGUACGAGCGCCAGUUCAACACCACCCGCAUUCCUGGACUUGAAACUGACCACCUGGUUCACCUGAAGGACAGCAACCACAUCACGGUGUACCACAAGGGCCGCUACUACAAGGUCUACAUCAGGCACAAGAGGAGGAUGCUCAAGCCCUGCGAGCUCGAAGUAAUGCUGCAGAAGAUUGUGGAUGACGAGAGCGAGCCUGCGGAGGGCGAGGAACACCUGGCAGCAUUGACGGCCGGCGAGAGAGUGCCGUGGGCCAAGGCACGCAAGGAGUUUUUCAGCAAGGGCAAGAACAAGGCCUCACUGGACGCUAUUGAGAAGGCUGCAUUCUGUGUGACUCUGGACUCUGAAGAUCAAGAUUACGAUCCCAAUGACCCCACCAAGCUGGACAAGUACGGCAAGGCCAUGCUGCACGGAAAAGGUCACGAUCGCUGGUUUGACAAAUCCUUCACCUUCGUCGUCUGUUCAAACGGAAGAAUUGGAUUCAAUGCUGAACAUUCCUGGGCGGACGCUCCCAUCAUGGCUCAUAUGUGGGAGUACGUGGUCACCGAGGACGUGGCCACAUACGGAUAUGACAAGGAUGGCCACACGCGAGGCACGCCCGAAUGCCAGCCGCCCAAUCCCAUCAGGCUGGAGUGGGACCUCAACAAACAGUGCCAGCAGGUGAUCCAGUCGAGUCUCCAGGUGGCUCGCUCACUGCUCAACGACGUCGAUCUACACAUCAUGAUGUUCAACACGUUCGGCAAAGGCUUCGUCAAGACCUGCAAAGUCAGCCCCGACGCCUUCAUCCAGACUGCCAUACAGCUCACCUACUACAGGUUGGAGAAACACUUUUGCCUGACCUACGAGUCCUCCAUGACCCGGCUCUUCCGUGAGGGGAGGACAGAGACUGUGAGAUCCUGCACGGCCGACGUUUGCAAUUUUGUCCGAUCCGUCUGUGAGGGAAAGCCUAAAGCGGACAGCAUCAAGCUGCUGCGCAAGUCUGCCGACACCCACCAGAAGCUGUACCGCGACACUAUGACGGGCGCCGGUGUGGACAGGCAUCUCUUCUGUCUCUACGUGGUCUCCAAGUACCUGGGUGUGGACUCGCCCUUCCUGGCACAGGCUCUCAGCGAACCCUGGAAACUGUCUACCAGUCAGACACCACACCAGCAGACAGACCGACUGGACCUCACCAAACACCCGGACCGCAUCUGUGGAGGAGGCGGCUUUGGACCGGUCUCUGACAACGGCUACGGAGUGUCGUACAUGAUCGCCGGCGAGGACACCAUCUUCUUCCAUAUAUCCUGCAAGCGUGCCUGUGGACACACAGACACGCACAAGUUUGGGGCGACUCUGCAGCAGUCUCUGUGUGAUAUGCGUGACUUGUUCUCGAAAGACUAGGCUUCAGGAGACUCUCCGUCCCCCCCCCCUCCCCACCACCUCGGCAUCUGUCCUGACACCCACCCCUCCAUCUGACCUCCACUUCACCUGCACGACUUCAGAACUUGAGCUGCUGUCUCGUGGAAGCUUUUUGAGUUGUUUUGUUUCUCGGAGUUCACAUUCAACCUCUUUGUUUGGUCAUCUGAUUUAAGUUUGAAGCCGUUUUGAGAUAGCAGUUUUCAUUAACUUAUUGACAAGACUUUGUCUUUAACUUAUUGACAAGACUUUGUCUUUAACUUAUUGACAAGACUUUGUCUCACCACAGUUGAAUAUACGUUGCAUCUUCGUAUAGAUCUGCCUACAUUCUCUCAUUAGAGAUUUCUUAACUGGGGAAUAAAACUUUGUUAAUUCGGUUGUUUUACAAGUUGUCACCUCUCAAAUAUCGCUCGUCUCAAGAGCCUGAGAUGGUUCUCUCUUCAUUCUGUUGCCCCUUGUUUGGACUUAACUGCGAAUGUGCUGAUCAUGCUGAAAUUGUCAAAGUUGAAACAAGCUCAAAAGUUAAUUACAGCGUGGGCCGCAAGAUUUGUUAGUGUUUGAGAUAAGUCGCAGGCAAAAUAUUUUUAAAAAAAUUCGCAUGGAGGGUGGGGUCACUUGUGGUGAGGGCAGCAGAGCGAAGCGUCUGUCGUUGAAAAGUCUUGACUUAUUCCACAUAUCAAUGCAACGGUGAUGGGUUACGAGCAAAAAUAGAACAGAAAAAAGAAAGAAAAAAAAAAAUCACAUUUUCGUACAGCGUCUUAAGUCAAAGCUAUGACCUUGUUCACUGUUGACUUGACGAGGACCGACCGACGUCUGUGUUGUUGUACUUCCUGUUCCAGAUUUAUGUCACCGGUUGAUGACGAUACAUCUCGCUGAUCUUUUUUAAAUUUUAAAUACCGUAAACCACUCGCAUAAAGAGGCAGUAGACUACUAGCCUGUUGGCUCUGUGAUCUCAGUGUCUAGUUGUGUUUAUAUCUUCAUCAUCGUCAUCUUCAUUAUCCUCAUCAUCAAUCAUCAUCAAUCAUUAUAAUCAUCAUCAUCAUAUCUCAUCUAGUGUCUAGAGUGCCUGUUGGUGGAUGAGAGAGGCGAAUGCAAUGUGCUUUCCGCCGAUUGUGUAAAUGUUGGGAAUUCUGCUCCGUGCAGCGAUGUGAACUUUUGGUGUUGUGUGUUACGCACGCCAAAGAGUGGCUAGAUCUUACGUACAGUACAGCAUUGUAGACUGAAGUAAUCAGCAGCCCUGUCCUAAUGCAAGAUGUUUUCUGUACGAAAUGUAAGCAUACAUUUGAGGCAGAUAGUUGAUGUACUUGUGUACAUUUGGCUCGGCCGUGCUGUUUUGUGUACCUAUGUACAUUUGAAUCGUGGUUUUGUGUACCUUCGUACAUUUGAAUCUUGGUUUGGUGUACGUUAAAUGCACAUUUGACACAAUUGUUUGGUGAACUUCUGUACAUUUGUCGCAGAUAUACAACUUACUUUUGUACAUUCGACUGUGUAGUUUUAUGUACAUUUGACUAUUUUGACAGACCUGAAGAAUAGUAUAAAGGCACGUACAUUGGUAGUAGAAAGGUAGGCGUGUACUUCAUUUAGACAGGGGUGUCGGUUCACUCUGUCAGACAUGUACAUGCUCUGUGAGUCUGUGACAACAACAACAUCAUCAUCAACAUCAACAACAACAACAACAUGUUGCAUCUUCGGGGCUCCAAACAUUUUAAGCGGAUAGGCUACCGCACACACACACAACAACAACAGCAAUAACAACUACUACAACGAGCAAGUGCAGCAGCUAGUGGUUUGUUCUAUUUACGACUGUUGUACCUCGGUGCCGAUUCUCAUGAUCUCGUGCUACUGUGGGUGUCUAUAGUUUACUUCAGUCUGUUUUUGCUGUAACCGUCAUCAUCACUUUCAUAGUAUUUUGCUUUUACUGUCAUCAUUAACAUCAUAACUAUCGUUGUCAUAAUUUUAUGAGCUUCAUUAUUGUUAUGUAUAUCGCUACUACCAAAUUGUCUUAUUAUUUGUAAUUGUUGUUCUUCAUCGUCAUUGUUUUUAAUUGUUACUUUCAUAAAUGAUGACGUUUGACGGUGACAAUGAUUUCACUCUUGCUGUUGUAGAGGUAAAUAACGACUUGUAUAUCUAGAGGGAACAAUUACGUUGCAAAUUAUGCUUCUUUUUCAUCUCUUGUCAGUUUGAGUUUUUAACUCUCUCUCUCUCGUUUUUUUUUUUUUAAUUUGAAAAAGCAUCGUGUCUGCAGUGUCUCCUGUGGUGUGUGUUGCCACUUUGGAUGUGUGUGACUCGCGUGGUUAUCAUCUAUCUCAUGUAUAUGUAAAUAAAUAAAUAAAUAAAUAAAAAUUGUAUGUUAUAAUAUGCACAUCUGCUGGCACACGUCCACUACAUAGGGGCUGUCUGUUGGCUCAUUGUGACCUCAGUGCUUCCUUGUCGUAUCUCCAGUUUUUUUAAACAGUGAAAACAGUUCAUAACAGAGUGAGCUUAAGAAGAAGAAGUCACAUUUUCACUGUUUAAAGUUUAUUUUAAAAAUGACAAGAUACGACAAGAAAGCACUGAGGUCGCGUCAUGCUAACUGGCCGACUCAAUGAGUUUUGUUUUUGUGAAGCGGUUGACCGACCCACGUGCUCCAUAGCCAAACGACGGAGCAUCCUGGGAGGCUGCCUGUUUGGUAGAUUCUCACACAUCAAUAAACAUGAGAUCUUUUUGACGUUUGA